CCGGUGUCCCGAGCAGCAAGAAGAGCGGCGCAGAGAUGCUGAGGGCGGGAGCACCAACCGGGGACGUGCCCCGGGCCGGAGAAGUCCACACUGGGACAACCAUCAUGGCAGUAGAGUUUGACGGGGGUGUUGUGAUAGGUUCCGAUUCCCGGGUGUCUGCAGGCCAGGCAGUGGUGGACCGAGUGUUUGACAAGCUGUCCCCCCUGCACCAGCGCAUCUACUGUGCCCUGUCAGGUUCAGCUGCUGAUGCCCAGGCCGUGGCGGACAUGGCCGCCUACCAGCUGGAACUCCAUGGAAUGGAAAUGGAAGAACCUCCACUUGUUUUGGCUGCUGCAAACGUGGUGAAGAACAUUACCUAUAAAUAUCGGGAGGACCUGUCUGCACAUCUCUUGGUAGCUGGCUGGGACCAACGGGAAGGGGGCCAGGUGUACGUAACCCUGGACGGAAUGCUGACGCAACAGCCCUUUUCCAUUGGUGGCUCUGGCAGCAUCUACAUCUAUGGUUAUGUGGACGCAUCAUAUAAACCAGGCAUGUCCCCUGAGGAGUGCAGACGCUUCACCACAAAUGCUAUCGCUCUGGCCAUGAACCGGGAUGGCUCGAGCGGGGGUGUCAUCUACCUGGUCACCAUUACAGCUGCCGGUGUGGAUCAUCAAGUAAUCUUGGGCAACGACCUGCCAAAAUUCUAUGAUGAAUGAAUCUCCUCAGACUUCCCUUUCUUAUUUUGUAAUAAAGAAUCU